AUGAGCGAAAAUGUAUGGACCGCAGCAAGUGACGGCGACUUGGAAAGCGUCACGGCGUUUUUGGCCAGCGGAGGGGAUGUCAAUGCCAAGGACGAGAACGGAUACACGGCCUUGCAAGCGGCGGUAAGUUACAGCCACAUGGAGCUCGUGGGGUUCCUGUUGGCUCGCGGAGCGGAUCUCCAGCUGGGCGACAACGAUGGGGACACGCCCCUGCAUUUGUGCGAGACAGUGGAGUGCGCGACGCUGCUGCUGGAAGCUGGAGCGGACUUGAAUGCACGCAAUGCUGACGGGCGGACGCCCUACGAUGUUGCGAUCCAAGACGAGAACGAAGAGCUCAUGGCGAUGUACGCGGACCGGGGCGCCGACAAGUCCGACACGACUAUGGCGGACGAGGACACGAGCGCUUGGAACGGCGAAAACGAAGCAGCAAGUGCUCCUUGCUAG